AUGAGCUCAGUGAAACUCUGCUCUGUAAAGCUGAACGAUGGGUUCUUCAUGCCCAUGCUGGGAUUUGGCACCUCUGCUCCUAAUAAGGUUGCUAAGAGUGAGGUGGAAGAGGCUGUCGUGAGAGCAAUCGAUGUAGGCUACCGCCAUUUUGACUCCGCUUACUUGUAUCUAAAUGAAGAAGAGAUUGGGAGGGCCAUCCGGAAGAAGAUCGCUGAUGGCUCUGUGAAGAGAGAGGACAUAUUCUACACUUCAAAGGUGUGGGGAACCUUCUUACGUCCAGAAUUGGUUCGAACCAGCUUGGAAAUAUCGCUGAGGAAACUUCAGUUGAGCUAUGUGGAUCUUUAUCUUAUUCAUAUCCCAAUACCUUUGAAGCCUGGGGAAGAGCUCUUCCCAAAGGACGAACACGGAGAACUCAUUUUCGACACAGUGGAUCUCUGUGCCACGUGGGAGGCCAUGGAGAAGUGUAAGCAUUCAGGGCUGGCCAAGUCCAUCGGGGUGUCCAACUUCAACCGCAAGCAGCUGGAGAGGAUCCUGGACAAGCCCGGCCUCAAGUACAAGCCCGUGUGCAACCAGGUGGAGUGUCACCCUUACCUCAACCAGAGCAAACUGCUGGAGUUCUGCAAGUCCCAGGACAUCGUCUUGACUGCGUACGCGGCCUUGGGGUCCAACUCAGGGAAGGAAUGGCUGAGCAAGAACAACCCAGUUCUCCUGGAGGAUCCAGUGCUCAGUGCCAUUGCUGCAAGGCACCGGCGAACCCCAGCCCAGGUGGCCCUGCGUUACCAGCUGCAGCGGGGGGUGGUGGCCCUGGCCAAGAGCUUCAAUGAGGAGAGAAUGCGGGAGAACUUCCAGGUUCUGGAUUUCCAGUUGACACCAGAGGACAUGGAAAGUCUAGACAGUCUAAACAGGAACAUUCGCUAUUUUGUGGAUCCUUUAUUUAGCCGUCAUCCGGAUUUCCCAUUUUCUGAUGAGUGUUAA